GUUACGGCAAUCUGGGUUGAAGGUAGGGAUUGAAUAGGCUGGGGAAAGGAGUGAGAGAGAGAGACGAAAAGUAGAUCUAGGGGUUGAGGGAGAGGCGAUGAACGCUCAUGAAUCAUACGCAGAGGAGGCGUACAAUAUUCUUUGAGCUGUAUACAUCUAGAUUUUAAGUAAGGGGCUGUUUGUUUCAGCCUCUUAAUGGUUCAGAUGUCUGAAUGGUUCAGCACUUAAUGGUUCAGACGGUUUGUUUCAGCCUCUUAAUGGUUCAGAUGUCUGAAUGGUUAAGAGAUUUGCCUCUGAAUGGUUAAGUAUUAUACAGAGUCUGAAUGGUUAAGACCUCUUAUCUGAAUUGAUCAGACAUUUGCCUCUGAAUAGUUAAGCAAUAUACUAGCUCUUAAUGGUUCAGACCUCUUACUGGUUCAGCACUUAAUGGUUCAGAUGUCUGAAUGGUUAAGAGAUUUGCCUCUGAAUGGUUAAGUAUUAUACAGAGUCUGAAUGGUUAAGACCUCUUAUCUGAAUUGAUCAGACAUUUGCCUCUGAAUAGUUAAGCAAUAUACUAGCUCUUAAUGGUUCAGACCUCUUACUGGUUCAGCACUUAAUGGUUCAGACCUCUUACUGGUUCAGUACUUACCCAUUCAGAAGUUGCCAAACAGUCCCUAAGUUUUUAAAAUUUUAAUUAAAUAAUCCAUCACAAUCCUAAUUAAAUACACCCUCUUAGAUCAUUAAUCAUUAUUUUAUUUAAUCAAAAGAUAAUAAUGAGAUAUAAAAGUUCUAAUAGACUAUUUUUGAGAUUAUUUAAAGUGUCAAAGGUUUUGAGUGUUUGAAAUAAGCAAUUUAGUUAAGAAGUUGAAUGAGAAACAACAAGUUCUUGUAGUUACAAUACUUUGUCCUGCGCCUUUGAGAUCCCAAGAAUUUGAAACCUUAGCAUAAACAUCAGCUCAUGGAAGUCCUGGUAAUUAAGUUAACUACCGCUGACUCUUAGGUUGCACUCUGUUCCAUAUUCCAUAGACUAAAACUUUCCACUUCGAGACAAGUCAAUGUCUAGCAGCCUCUUUUCUUUACAUGCUAAUGUGGCUGUAUAUUUCUUAAGUAUAUUUUAAGACUUCCGAGAAGGGCAGAGAGAACUAUUAGACUUCCACAGGUUGGGGGGUUCAGAAAUUCAAGGGGGCUGUGUUAAUCCUUGACAAAAUGCCAACAUACUAAAUUGGGGGAAUAUCCUUUGUUUCUUGCUUAUUCCACUGAAGGUGAGAAUUUGGUUGAUUCAAUUUCAUUGGUAGAACGUUUUCUUCUCAAGUAUUUCCCAAUUCUCAAACAACUUAGUAGGUGAAGACAGUUUGGGUUCUCAGCAGUAUGUGUGGACCUUAAUUUUCAUGUUUAACUUAUAUUUAUAUAGGUAUAUAGAGAAAAUAGUACUACUAGACUGAAACUUUGAUACAAGCUGGGCACAUGAUUAAUAGGGUAAGAUCUCGCCUUAUCAUGUCUAAUUGUCUAUAGCUAAUGCUUUCAAUUAUGAGCAUAUUGCAUUCUUGAUCUGAAAUUAAAUUUUAGAGCUAACCUAAACAUAUCAUUGGUCAUUUUUUAAUCAUUGCUACAACUAAUGCUUUCAAAUAUGAGUAGAAUGGGAUUGUAAAAUGUUUCCUUUGGUUUUACAGUCAAAAAAAAACCAAUCUUACAAUUUUAUAUACAAAAUACCAACUUUGAUAACAAAGUAUGGGUGAACCAAACAUUUACAAAAGAGUACCCCAAUCCUACAUUUGAGUCUUACGAGAUUUAAAUAAAUGUUUGAUUUCAUUUUAAUUAUGUGGCAUGUUCUUAUAAGAAUGUAAACCAACACACAUUUUGCCAAUUAAAUUCCUAGUAGCGGCCAACUAUAUUUGAUGCCCUUAAUCAUUCUUUUUUCAAGUCACUUAUAAUUUCUCAUUGCGAUAUGGUUACUAUUUCUUUAACCUUUCUCGUUUCAUUGUUGAAAUGUAUAUAUAUCUACACCAUGUGAGAAUUUGAUUUGCACUGUAUGUUCGUAUAUACAAACUAUAACCAUUGCUUCAUGUCUUCCAUUCACUUAAACCAACAUUAUGCUAACUUAUAAACACAACCGAAACUACACAAAAAAUUUACCCAACAAAGACAAUACUAUGUUUUCACACAUAGAUUCCUCAUCAUCAUCCCCAAUCAUAUUGGGUGAUGACAUAAACUUUAUAGUGUGAACUAAUUGCGUAAAAUUAUUUUCUUUUUCUUUAUUUUCAAUGAACUGUUUUGUUUUGUUUGAUACAAUAGGGUACCUAUAUCCAUCCUGGCAUCAAAGCGAUUUUUGGGCAUAUUUAUCCCAAGAUGUGUUCAGUGUUCACCGAAGGUGGUAUCUGCUAUAUCUAUUUUUUGGUGUGGUUGACACCUAAAACCGUUAUCCUUUCUGAAAACAACUAGAUGCUCCAAAUCUAUGCCAACUGAAUUGCAAGAGUAGUUACUCAGGGACGUCCACAAACCCUAAAACAUUAUUAUAAUUUGAUUCAUUUCGAGAAGGAUGCCAUAACGCUGUUCCAGAACAACAUCCUCACAAGUGUUCUGAUUGUGGUUUCUAUCUUUACAUUUGUUUUAGGGGGUUUAAUUUGGGUGGUGCUGUUGAUUUACAAUGUCUUUUCGGAAGAUGUUGUUGAACAACUUUGCAGUGAAGGAGAUGUGACAAACAAGAAUGUUAAUGGCCGGACAGUUAGAUCCCUCGUGCUAGACUUGCAGGAUUCCAGGCAAUUCAAUUUUGCAAAAACUAUCAGUCCCUUGACAUAGAGGUGCAACAACAUUGCCAACAUUUGCUACCCAAGUGGAUCCUUCUCUCCUUCAUAAACGCUUGGGGCAUCCAUCUGUUCAAUCAAGAAAUUAAUUUCGGUAGUAAAGCAAUCAAGAAAUUAAUUUCCGUAGCUAUUAAAUCAUGGCGGCGCCGGCGGAGAUGCCGUGUACCACCGACCCGGAGGUGGAGAAGUACUUGAGCGAGCUGCCCUCCGGCUACCGGUUCCGGCCGACGGACGGAGAGCUGGUGGUGGAUUACCUGAGAAACAAGAUACUUGAAGUACCCAUGCCUCUCAAUAGGAUUCGAACCUUCAAAAUCUACGAUUCUCACCCCUUUGAACUGUAUCAGAUGUACGGGGCGAUUGCAAGGGAGAACGCGUGCUAUUUCUUCACGACGAGGAAGAAGAAGUACCCUAAGGGGACAAGAACGGACAGGACCGCCAGAGAGGGGUUCUGGAAGUCGACCACCGUCGAUCUGGCGGUGGUGGUGGGGGACACCACCGUGGGUUGGAAGAGUUUCAAAAACCCCCGCCAACAUUCAUGGAGACCCGAUCAGCCCUCCUUUUUCUCGAGGGACAGCGGCGACCUGCCACCGGCGAGGGGAGCACGGCGUUGGCGGCACACGGCGGAGGAGGCCCUCGCGACCUGGGCUUCAGUGGUCAUGGCGGACAGCAUCUCGGACUCAGAAGCAAUGGACCGCCCCAAGCGUACGGCGGACAGUAGCACGGUGGCCGCGGUGGACGGCCGACUCGCGCAGGUGGCUGAUGAUGACUAUGUUUUGGUGAAGAUAUAUCACAAGAACAUGAUGAAGAGCAACUCUUUUGUUCCUGCACCACAAGUACUACAACAAGAUCUUCUUCAUGAUAAUAAUGCUGUUGCGGCAGAUCAUCAACAAGAAGAUAAUGAUAAAGCCCUUGUUCCAAUUACCAUUGUUGCUGCAGAAAGUCAUCAUAAUCAAGAUAGUGAUGAAGGGAUGAAGGAAUAUCAUCACAAGAACAUGAACAACAACUCAUCAUUUGUUGCACCACAAGUGCCAGAUUAUCAUGAUGAAGAUUUUAUUGAAGGCAUGAAUUUACUGAUUCUUCAUCAAGAUAAUGAAGGCAUGAUGAAUUUAUUGAUUCAUCAACAAGAGGAAACCCCCCUCCUCCUCCUUCCAAAUGAUCUUCAACAAGAGGAUAAAUCCCUCCUUCCAAAUGCUUAUACUGCUGCUCAAUCAUCAAGCCAAUAUAAUGAAGCCAUGAUGAACUUCUUGAUCCAACAAGAGGAGAUCAAACCCACCCUUCCAAACACAAGUCCUACACUUCAUCAUCAACAUGAACAUGAUGAUGCUCCAAAUGAUGAUCAUCUUCAUUAUCUACUCAACGAUAAUCGUGAAGCUCAGCAUCAGCAUCCAACAAACACGUUGUCGCCAUGCGUUGCCCAAGAUUAUAUGAUGCUCUCCGAUUUCGCGUCUGGCGAUGAAAGGCUUCAAGUAGAGUCGGCACCGUUCCCACCAUCACCAAUCAGAUACAACGACGACUGCUCGUACCCACUCGAAGACUUCUGCGAUAUAUGGUCGGAGUCAUAUCAUCAAGACUUAAUGUUUGCUCAACAAGCUGCUGCUUCUGAUGCUCAUUAUUAUCAUGAACUUGAUAAAAAUAACAACAAUAACAAACGUCAAAGGCUCGUUUAGAUUUCGGAGCACUUCAAUUUUGUUAUAUUACAAGCUUCUGACUUGUACUCUUCGUACACACACACAUACGAAGAAACAUGAUGGGAAGACCUACGUCAAUAUGAAGACAUAAAAAGUAUCACAAAACUACGAAGUCACGCAGGAGGCAGUUCGAGAAUAAUGCUUAAAUGUGACACGUGACCAGAUUUUUAUAUCUACAGUCGGAAGACGUGAUGCCAAAAAUCGUGUUCAUGGUGUUGGAGAUCUCGCACGAAGCCUACCACGAAUGCAUGCAAGUGAGGCAAGACGUGAACUAUUGUCGAUUAUAGAAGAGAUGACCUGAUGAGAUACGGGGUUUGCACGCGCUUAUUGAAUAUUUUAUUAGAAUUGAAGAACAUUAUAUUAAACUUAAGUUUGAUGG